AUGGCGGGCGAGGGGAAGUGGAAAGGCGUCGCCGGCGACGAGUCAUCAACCUCGGCUGCAGUUGCGUCUGCGGCACCUCCGAAGCAGAAGCCUGCCCUGCAGGUCAUUGUGUUGGGCUCCCAGGGUGGGCCAUUGGAAUCCAACGUAACGGCGUUCCUCGUCCGUUCGAUAGCAUCGGGAUGGAGGAAAGGUUCGGUAAUGGCCGUCGACGCCGGCGUGCACCUUGGCGCCAUAACGCGUAUCCUUGAAGACACACAGCCUCCAGAUUUAGGACAAACCGACGAGCUAGCAUUACCAUAUGUUCUACAGAGCGGGCCCUUCUCGGGAAUGACGCUGCAUUCUGCGUCUGCGAAAGCAAAUGCAGCCAAGAUACACGCGGAUCUGAUAGACACCUACCUCAUCACGCAUCCUCACCUCGACCACAUUUCAGCCUUUGUUAUCAACACUGCUGGUUUGUUAGGACCAAGGCGAAAAAAGCUGGCCGGGUUGCCAGGGACAAUACAAGCCCUGAAAACACAUAUUUUCAAUAACGUAAUAUGGCCCAAUCUCUCAGACGAGGACCACGGGGUUGGUCUCUUCACUUACUUGCGGCUGAACGAAGGAGGGUCUCCGGCCAUGGGCAACGUCGAUGGCUAUCUGGAGUUUAAUGAAGGCCUGGCUGUCAAGCGGCAGCACACCAGAUUCAACAGCGUCGACGCUUCAUCCGGCUUGAUGGGAUUCGGCACUGGGAUGCUCAGCCCGCGGUCGAUAGCCCACCACAACACGAGCCCUAGCCUGGCGGCAUUCUACCACCAGCAACCACAUUUGAUACCACACGACCGUGCGGGGUCCGUCAUUCCAGGGUCCAUUGCAAUGGCUGGAAGAAGGGGCUCGGGGGCGAUGAACCAGAUAGGUGGCAGGCUCAGCCCGACAGAAUUCGCCUGCGUGUAUGACAGCAGCUCAUACUUCAUCCGGGAUGUGGACACCGAGGUGGAGGUACUCAUCUUUGGCGACGUCGAGAGCGACAGUGUGUCGAUGAAUCCGAGGAACCUGCGAAUAUGGCAAGAGGCAGCGCCGAAGGUCGCAACGGGGAAACUGAAAGCCAUCCUCAUCGAGUGCAGUUAUGAUGACAGCAGGCCUGCGGACCGACUAUUCGGCCACCUGACGCCGAGCUUCUUGAUGCAGGAAAUGACGGUGCUUGCCGAGGAGGUCAAAGCUGUCCGGGUGCGCAUGGCGAUGGACAAGGAGAGGAAGGAGACAGACCCCAGGCGGGACAGCAGGAGGGGCAGCAAGCGGAAGCGCGAAGGAUUGCAUGACGAAGCCACGAUAGCAGUUCGACGCCGGGCGUCGCGGGCGCUGGCGAGACACAGCUCUGACAGUGUCAAUGAGCCAGUGAGCCCAAAGACGAUGAAGAUGCCCCGAUCUGAUUCGGGUCAGCGGAGCGUGUCAGUGGAAAGCCCGCAUAUCACGACCCCGACGGCCGAGCUGUCCUUGACGGACCUCCAGGGGCGGACGACAUCGAUCGCCGGCAGUACGAGCGCCCCUGCCACAAAUCUCACGGCGGCGGAAACCCACCUGAUCGAGGGGCCGCAGCUGGAGGGCUUGAAGGUGGUGAUCAUUCAUGUCAAGGACAAGAUGAACGACGACGAGAGGGUGGAGGACACCAUCCUGGACGAGUUGCAGGAGCAUGAGGCGUUCAUGGACGUACCACUCGGGUGCGAGUGGGUCAUCUCGGAGGUCGGUCAGAGCCUGGAGGUCUGA